AUGUCCACGGGCGGCACGGGCGGCGCGGUCGGUGCGGCGGGCGCGGCGGGCCACGACGCGGGCGGCGCGGCGGGCGCGUGGGGCGCGGUCCACGGUGCGGGCGACGGCGCGGCGGGCGCGUGGUGCGCGGGCGCGGACGCGGGCGGCGCGGCUGGCAGGGGCGUCGCGGGUGGCGCGGGCGCGGGCGGCAGCAAGGGCGGCGCGGCCCAGGGCCUGGCCGGCGCGCGAGGCAGCAGGGGUGGUGCUGGGAGGGGCGGAGCUGGCAGGGGCGGCGCGGGAGGCAGCAGGGGUCAUGCCCGCAUCUCCAGUCUUCCGAAAUCGUCGGGUUCUGUGCAUGACACCACUAUGUUGUAUAAUGCAAUGAAGUUGGAUCGAGAUUUUUUCCCGCACCCUCCCAAGGGUAAGUAUUAUGUUGUUGAUGCCGGAUAUCCUAAUAGACCGGGAUAUCUAGCACCAUACAAGGGUGAGAGUGGUGUUUUAGACUUUGAACGUGUGGAGCGUGAUGAAAAUUAUGAGCCUACAAUACCGGAAAGCUCAUGGUUUUCUUCGCUGGCGUAUUCUGUGUUCACGGCCGCGCGGUUCCUCGUCCGGGCAGCAGAGAAGGAGCAGCAGGAGCAGGCGCAGACUGAAUCGAAGGGUUAG